GUUUUGCCCUUGACAUCUUGUUUGCCAUUGCAAAUGGAUUCUCACCCUCAUAUGAAUUCUUUGCCAUCUCUCGCUUCUUGGUAGGGAUGAUGAAUGGUGGGAUGUCACUGGUGGCCUUUGUUCUAUUGAAUGAGUGUGUGGGUACUGCCUACUGGGCAUUAGCAGGAUCAAUUGGAGGCUUGUUCUUUGCUGUGGGAAUUGCCCAGUAUGCCUUAUUAGGCUACUUCAUUCGUUCCUGGAGGACUCUGGCUGUUGUGGUUAACCUGGAAGGAACAGUUGUCUUUCUUCUCUCACUAUUCAUUCCAGAGUCCCCUCGCUGGCUCUAUUCACAAGGCCGGCUGAAUGAGGCAGAAGAUGCCCUCUACCUCAUCGCAAAGAGGAACCGCAAGCAGAAGUGCACUUUUUCAUUAAAACUCCCGGCAGAGAGGAGCCCCAGAGAGGCUGGCAGCUUCUUGGAUCUGUUCCGAUACAAGAUUCUCUUGGGACGCACCUUGAUCAUGAUGUUUACCUGGUUUGUGUGCAGCUUGGUUUACUAUGGCCUUACCCUUAAUGUGGGUGACUUAGGUGGAAGUAUUUAUGCCAAUUUAGCCCUUUCAGGGUUGAUAGAAAUCCCAGCAUACCCAAUCUGUAUUUACUUGAUUAACCAAAAGUGGUUUGGUCGGAAGCGAACAUUGAGUGCGUUUCUGUUUCUGGGAGGACUGGCUUGCCUUAUUGUCAUGUUUCUUCCUAAAAAGAAAGAUACUGGAGUGUUUGCAGUGGUAAAUAGUCACUCUCUGUCUUUGCUGGGGAAACUGACAAUCAGUGCUGCAUUUAACAUUGUCUACAUCUACACAUCAGAACUUUAUCCCACAGUGAUCAGGAAUGUUGGAAUGGGUGCCUGCUCCAUGUUUUCCCGUGUUGGUGGAAUCAUUGCUCCUUUCGUCCCUUCAUUGAAAUCUGUACAGUGGUCUCUGCCUUACAUUGUGUUUGGAGCAACUGGUCUUCUCUCUGGACUCUUAAGUUUACUGUUGCCAGAGACCUUAAACAGCCCUUUGCUAGAAACUAUUUCAGACCUGCAGGUAUGCUCAUAUUGGAGGCUGGGUGAUGAAGCCAUGUCACUGCAAGCCCUAGAUGGCUCACAGUCUGGAGACAAAGACAGUUCUGCAGGGAGUGGCAGUGAAGACGAGGAGUUUUAUGAUGCUGAUGAAGAGACUCAUAUGAUCAAGUAAUGAAAA